AUGAAUUUCCAAACCACUUUGCAAGGAAAUCUUGAAUUUGUUUUUAAACAUGCAAGUCAUGACGUCAAAUUUGCUGGAGAUCUUGCUGAGUUAUUAGAUAAAUUAAGGUCUACAAGAAAAGAGUACUGUAAAAAUAUGGUUAAAAUUGCACAAGAAUUCCAAAAACAUGUUGAAAAUGAAUGUUUGUAUGGAACUACAAAAGAAGCUGUCACACAACUAUUAACUUCAGUAUUUGAAGAGGCUGAUGGACAAAUGAAAACAGUUGAAGUUUUAACAACGUCAAUUGAUAACUUUAAAUCUAAAAUGAAGGAAGUAGAAAAAUCUGCUAAAGCAGUUAGACAAGAUGCUGAAAAUAAAAUAAAAGAUGUAGAGAAAUGUAAAGAUGCUACAAAAAAAGAAAGAGAUAAAUUUGUUAAAUGUCAUAAAGACCUUGUUAGUGCAGAGUCAGAUAUUGAGAAAGGAAAAGCUAAUAAUCUCAUUGAUAAAAAGAUUAAAUCACUUGAAGAGAAAAGAGAUCAUUGCAAAGAAAAAAAAGAAGAUCAAAAUAAAAUUUACACUAACUCAGUUGAAACUACUAAUAAACGAAUUAAACAUUUCUUUGACGUUGACCAAAAUGAAAUAUUAGACUGUUAUAAUAAAUUUGAAGUAGCUUAUUUAGAAGCUAUGAAAGAAAUAUUAAAGAACUUCUCUAAUUCAUUAGCUAGUAUUCCUGAAGUUGUUAAACAAUCAAUGGAUAAAUAUAAUGAAAAAGCAUCUUCAAUUGACCCUCAAAAAGAUAUUGUUACCUUCUGUGAUUCUAAUAACACUUAUUGCCAUACUCCUACUUAUCUUCCAUUAUAUGAUGCAGAUGGUUUAAUUAUUAAACAAGAAGGUGCUCUUAAUGCUCGUAGAAGUGAUGACCCUAAAGGUAUGGAACGAGUAUUUUUAACCUGUACUGUAAUUAAAGAUUUUGAAGCAGAAGGUCCGGAAGAGAUGUCUGUUAAACGAGGAGAUACAGUUAUUGUUUCAGAGAAACAUUUAUCAGGAUGGUGGUAUGCAUCAAAUAAAGAAACGGCUAAAGCUGGUUUUGUUCCAAUGACUUUCUUAAAAGAUACAAACUAA